AUGGAAUUGCCGUGUACAUUCAGGGAUUUGGUUACUGUCGCACGCAGGUUCCGUAUCCUUUAUUUAUGGAUCGACGCACUCUGUAUAGUGCAAGAUUCACCGAAAGAUUGGGAAUACGAGGCACUGCGGAUGCGCUCAGUAUAUGCAAACUCCGCAUGCACCGUCGCAGCAUCUGCAUCCUCAGACGAAACGGAAGGAUUGUUUAGAAGCAGAAAUCCUGAAUCGUUCAAGCCAGGACUCAUCAGGGUGCCAGUGACUCACUCUGAAUCUCAAAUUUGUCAGAUAUUCGAGCGGGAUUACUGGAACCUCAACAUCUCCCGAGGACCUCUGCACAAGAGAGGCUGGGUAUUUCAAGAAAGGCACUUGUCCACGAGUGUCCUUUACUUUGCUAAUGACCAGAUCCUAUGGGAGUGCCGUGAAGGAGCAAAGUGUGAAGGCUUUCCAGAGGGCAUUCCGUAUUAUCUCUCCGACAAAAAUCUGGACUAUCUGUGGCAAUUGCGUGAGAGAGAAAGGGAAACUGGUAAAGAGGCCGACGAGGGAAAUGAAGAAUUCAAGAUGCCUGGUGAGAUCUACGUCCUGUGGCGAGACCUGCUGAAGAGAUUUACGGAUUGCUCGUUCACCAAAGUAGAGGAAAAGCUACCUGCGUUUGCUGGUAUAGCCAAGCUCUUCCAGGAAGUUACAGGAGACGAGUAUAUCGCUGGGCUUUGGAGAUCACGAUUCUUUGAAGGACUCGACUGGCAUGUUGCAGAGCCGAGGCACAAGACGUCACUCAAGUAUCGCGCACCAUCAUGGCCGUGGGCUUCGAUCGAUGGGCCUGUAGAGCCAGAAUUCUCGAGACUAGAUUCGACGUAUCUGUUCGAUAUCAUCGAUGUGAAAGUAACGCCUCGGUGUUCCGAUGCUACAGGCGCAAUCACAGAUGGAUAUCUGAAGAUCAGGGCAUGUCUUUGGAAACCCAUCCUCAUCAACGUUGAACCCCAUGGAUCAUGUAUCUCCUUUGGGCUUCACACUUCAACUCGUUUAGAAGUUCAGAUCGACUGUCUAGACACCGCUCUAGUUGAAGGUGCGAUCAUGUAUUGCUUCGCGUUUAGUUCCUUCCUGUCCGACGGAUAUUUGGAGGAAACUCCUAGUGUGUCCUUCAUCUGUCUUGAGCCGCUCACAGGGCUUGAUGUCCUCAAAUACCGUCGAACAGGAUGGCUCAAGGUCGACGGAAAGGGUCGUCUAGCCUCACUUGGUAUGCAAUCCGAUGAACAUGGUUUGAUGGUACCAGAUCGGGACCGGGGUUUUUCAGACAUUAUCAUUGUCUGA